GUAUAUAAAGUUUAGCAGACGUUUUUCUCAUUGUACAGUUUACCUCCUUCUUGUUCAAAGUUCGUAAAUAUGGCCGCGACCAGAUGGGGAAUUAUUAGUGCAGGCAGAAUUUCAUCAGACUUUGCCACUUGCUUGACACAUCUACCAGAUAAUGAACAUAUCGUAACAGCAGUAGCUGCCCGAAACCUUGACGAUGCCAACGCAUUUGCGAAAAGAUUCAACAUUCCAAAGACGUAUGGAAGCUAUGAUGAGAUAGCCGAUGACAAUAAUAUAGAUGUAUAUUACAUUGGAACAAUACAUCCAACUCAUCAUCCAAUAGCAUUGAAUUUGAUUAAUAAGGGUAAAAAUGUUUUAUGCGAAAAACCCCUAUGCAUGAAUGUGAAAGAAACAAAAGAAUUGGUUGAAGCUGCAAGAAAAAACAAAGUCUUUCUAAUGGAAGGUUUCUGGAGUAGAUUUUUUCCGGUUUAUGAAGAAUUAAGAAGUGAACUGAAAGCAGGAAGCAUAGGAACACCCGUUGUUUUAACUUGCACAGCUGGAAUUAAUGCUCCAAAUGUGCCUCGUUUAAGAGAACGUGCUUUGGGUGGUAGUUCGCUUUUAGAUUUAGGUUGUUACUUAAUUCAAUUGGCUUUGUUGGUUUUCGGGGAAAAGCCUAUUAAAAUUACAGCUUCUGGUCAUCUUUUUGAGUCCGGUGUAGAUUCUCUUGCAAGUUACACGUUAUUAUUCAAAAAUGGUGGAGCUGCAAAUCUUUUGUCCACUUGUACCGUAGAAAUGAAAAACGUCGGAAGAAUCUUUGGUACAAAAGGCUCUAUUGAAUUUCCUAAAUUCCAUGCCCCAACUGAAAUAGAAACACCAAGUGGAAAAAAAUCUUUUGAUCUCCCGAAUAUUAGUAAACCUAUGAAUUUUCCCAAUUCCACAGGGUUUUGUUAUGAGGCUCAAGCAGUAAGAGAAGCCCUUCUCCAAGGAAAAACUGAACAUGAACUUAUGCCUUUAAAUGACACAAUUUCUAUUGCCGAAAUAAUGGAGGAAAUUCUUGCACAAAUAGGCGUUACGUACUAGUAGCAAUUACUUGCGAAAUAAAGGUUUUUUGAAACAAUAAAGCUUUUUUGAAUAAGAUUCUUGUUGAUCUAUAUUGACUAUCUAUAAUCUUAAAUAAUUCAC